AUGGGUCGCAGAAGGGCCCGCCUAUGGGCAGUUUUCCAGUGCUGUUACUCCAAGGCAAAGGCCAAGACAAGGAAGAACGUGGCCUCGGCCCAAGUCCUGGAAGCAGAGUGGCCUGAGGAGUUGGCAACAUCUACGGAAGAACUCAAUGUAUGCCGGGAACAGCUUCUUGCAAGAGAGAAAGAAAUUGCUGUGCUGAAAGCAGAGAGGAAUAACCCCAGGCUGCUGCUGGAGCACCUGGAGUGCCUGGUUUCCCAGUAUGUACCAUCCCUCCAGACGACCACGGGCAAGUGGCAGGCGCAGUCCCCAGCCGGCAUGACCAGCGAGCUGGAGGUGCUCAAGGCACUGAAGUCACUCUUUGAGCACCACAAGGCCCUGGACAAGAAGACACACAUCAACACACGAGGAGCACUUGAAGGGUGUAGUUUGUUAGAAGAAUUAGGUGCCACACAUAAAGAGCUGAUGAUUCUUAAAGAGAAGAAUAACCCGAAAAAGAUACUAAUGGACGGGGUGCUUGAUGUAACUCACAAACAAGAAAACAUGCCAAGCGCCAACGGAAAGAGAACCAGCGACGGCUCUCUAAGCCGUGAGGAAGACCUGGCUCAGGUGAUCGAGCUCCAGGAAAUCAUCAGGAAGAAGUCACGGGAGCAGAGUGAGAUGAAGGACCGCCUGGCAGCCCUCUCUGCCCACAUAACAGAGCUGGAGAAGGACCUGGACACGGCCAGGAAGGACCUCCUCAAGUCCAAGGAAAUAAACGUGAAUCUACAGCGGGACGUCCGUGAAGCUAUGGCCCAGAAGGAGAACAUGGAGAAGAGAAUCACUACACUUGAGAAACGCUACCUCGCUGCACAGCGCGAAGCCAUCUCUGUGCACAACCUCGAUGAUAAACUUGAAAAUGAAAUCGCAGAUAAGGAUUCUGUGCAUCGACAGAAGGAGGAUAAAGACCGACAGUUGGAGGAGUGCCUGGAGCUGGCAGAGCAGAAGCUGCAGCAGAUGCUGCUGGAAGUGGAGGCUGAGCUGGCUCAGCGGGUGGCUGCGCUCUCCAAGGCGGGAGAGAGACAGAGCAGCAUCGAGGAGAGGGAGCGCCAGAUAGAGACCCAACUGGAGGAGAAGAGCGAGGAGCUGCCUUGGGCAAGGCAAAGAGAAAAAAUGAAUGAAGAACACAAUGAACACUCAUCAGAUACCGUGGAUAAGCUUCUGUUUGAAUCAAAUGAGAGGCUUCAGCUUCAUCUGAAGGAGAGAAUGGCUGCUCUGGAGGAUAAGAAUUCUCUCCUAUGGGAAGUUGAAAAUACAAAAAAGCAUUUAGAAGAGAUGCAAAACAACAAGACCAGCCUGCAAAACGGAGGGCUGGGAACACCUGAGGACGGCGCUCCUCGGCUGCCGGGAGCCAGCGUGCAGCCCCUGAAAGAUCAGGACCAGGAGCGUGGCCAGCAAGCCAGCGUGCUGGCCAACGUGACCCAGGUGUUCGAGAAUGACGAGGGCGUGUCUGACGGCGAAGGCGACGGGGUCACCCUCUUCAGCACGCCCGCUCUGCUGUCGCCCAGCGGGCAGGCCGAUGCCAAGACUCCAGCCGGGAGGAUUCAGGAGCAGCUGGACAAGAUCAAUGAAGAGAUCUGGUUGAUCCAAGAAAAGAAGGAGAACACGGAUCAGUGGGCUGAGAGGAUUGAGAGCAGGGUGGGCAGGGGGAGCUUAAGCAACCUUGGCUUUAAAUCCUUGAACUCCCUCAACCUGAAUCCCACCUCCUCGCAUGCCAGCUCCUGCCCCCCCAGCAGAGGGUGCUCCAAGCCCUGAAUGAGACGGCACAGCCCUGCGCGGGAAGUAGACAAGCUGGGCUUCAUGACUGUUUCACGACUGAUUUCUUUCCGAGUGUUUGUAAAAGAGCAGUCUGUGUAUUCUGUCCUGCGGUUGGAGUUCUCUGACGGUGUGUCUGCUUUCAGCAUUGGUUUUGAUUUCCGGGCUCAUCCUGUUGUCUGCUUAGUGGUUGUCAGUCCAGACCCCAGCUCCCCACCACUGCCCUGCCUCGCCCCCGAGGCUGACUCGGGCAGCCGUGCUCUAGUUCAGGCAGCUCAGUGCCCGGGAGCCCUUCUGCUGGGCACAGCAGAGCAGCGCCAUCACCCUGGGGUUGGUGACCUGGGUGUGCUGCUCACCCUCUCUGUGGCCUGCUUUGCCCUCCUGUUAACCAAUUUUACACUUACCUCACUCCCUCAGUUGCCAGCUUUACAGGAAGAGGUAGAAGAUGAUGAGACCACCAUCAAAGGUGAAACCUCGACCUCCGCCUCGCUGCGGUCCCUUCAGCUGGACCGGCUGGGCACAGGGUCGCUGCGCACAGCCAGCAAUGAGAACAUCAGGGACGCCCGCAACUCGACAGGCUCUCAGGACGGCCCCGGGGGCAACCCCAGCAACAGCAACAGCAGCCCGGAUGCGUAGCAGAAAGCCCCACAGAAGAAGGGCAUCAAGUCCUCCAUCGGUCGUUUGUUUGGCAAAAAGAAAAAGGGCUGGCCUGGACACACCAGCAAGGAGGCGUUAGGACCAGUACAUCAUUCGGGUCCGCAUCACGGCUGCCCUCGGCCACCCCGCCCUGGGAUCCACGGUGAGCCUCGACACCUGCACUUUGUUCCCACCCUCGGCCCGCUGCCCACGCCUCAGCAGCAGAGGGGCCCUGUCCCCGCAGGUGCUGAAGUGAUGGAGCUCUUGUCUCCGGAGCCAAGGACAUGA